AUGGAUGCGAUCAUAACUGCCGAUUACCUUGUCGUCGGGGCCGGGGCCAUGGGAAUGGCUUUUGUCGACACACUUCUCACCGAGAGCCAAAAAACGGUGGUCAUGGUCGACCGCUAUGCCAAUCCAGGCGGCCACUGGACGACUGCAUAUCCAUUUGUCCGCCUUCAUCAACCAGCUGCUGCGUACGGUGUGAGCUCUACACGUCUCGAGCAUGAUGGCAUCGAGGAAUUCGGCUGGAACAAAGGUCUCGCCGACUGCUCGACCCGCGAUGAUGUGUGUGCGUAUUUCAAUAGGGUCAUGAAGAAGACAUUUUUGACAUCAGGACGAGUGCAAUACUUUCCCAAGUGUGAUUACAUUGGAGCAGGCAGAUUUCGCUCCAUCCUCACGGGUAACACGUACAGUGUCCCCAAGGAAACAUGUGUUGUCGAUGCGACUUACAGCAAAACGGUUGUUCCGUCAAUGCGACCGCCUCCAUACACCGUUGCUAACGACGUCGAUAUUGUGACGCCGAACAAUCUGGCCGACGUCUCUCGGGGGUAUCAAGGGUACAGUGUCGUUGGGGGCGGCAAAACAAGCAUGGAUGCAUGCUUGUGGCUCCUUGAGAAUGGCAUUAACGCCACUCAGAUAACAUGGAUCCGACCACGAGACUCAUACCUCAUAGACAGGGCUGGUGUCCAGCCCGGACCAGAGUUUGCUGCGAGAUCUCAAGCUUUUGGCAAGACUAUGGUUGAGGCAGUCAUGGUCGCCUCGUCGUUGGGAGAUAUUUUAGACCACAAUGUGGGCAAGGGAACCCUGUUGUUGCUGGACGACAAGGUUGCGCCUACCAUGUUUCACUGCGCCACAGUGUCGUUACUUGAGUUCGAAGCUCUCAAACAGAUCAAAACUGUCAUCCGUCAGGGCCGUGUUACCAGUAUCACGCGGGAAGAUGUGACACUGGAGCACGGUAGUUACAAACCCGAACCGGACACACUCUACAUCGACUGCUCAGCUUCAGCCGUUUCCAAACUACCCUCUGUGCCCAUAUUCCGAAGCCGCAGCAUUACACUGCAGCCUGUCCGGUGGUGCCAGCAGACAUUCAGCGCGGCAAUGAUCGCACACGUCGAGGCGACCUGCCAAGGCGAACAGCUCAAAAAUUCCCUCUGUGGACCUGUCCCAAUGCCGAAUGAGCCCCUCGACUAUCCUCUUGUCAUGCUCCAGACCAACUUAAACAUGCUAGCCUGGCUUACGCAUCCCCAAACGGCUUCUUGGCUGCAAUCUUGUCGUCUGAACGCGACGAAGGGCAGUAUUCCAACAGACCCCGAGCAGAAAGCCGCCUGGUUCAAAAACACAACGAGGAUUCUUGCAGCAGCGAUUAAAAAGACUCAGCAACUGAUAGACGCUUUGCCUGAGCCCGAUGCGAAGAUGAUGUACGCGCAGUUGGAAAACAACACCUCUUUUGAGCGUGCACAUCUGUGA